AUGCCGUACAAGGUCAUUCCAGGUAAAAAUAAGCGGAAUUCGUCCAGAAUACGCUGCACCUAAACUGAUAUUUCAUCCAAACUUAUACUUACCUAACUCUCGUCGAAAACCAAAACUUGAACUGGAACUCGAAAAUCGACGUCUACUCCCAACGGUUGAUCCUUGUUCAAUGUAAUGUCACUCCCGGUGAGCCUGCGUUCGUUCUUCAUGUCAGUCCGUAGGUUACGACUUAUGGGAUAGAAAUUAUACUUUGGUAUCAAGGUGACUACAGUUUUCCUUUUUUCAGUUAUUCCACAAGUACAGCGUAGUCUUGGUCUUGUAGAUAUCAAGGUAGAGAUUUGUGACGUAGCUGACGUAUCAACAGCGUCCAAACGAAGUGAGGCUGCAGUGUUACUGCAAAAAGGUAAAGAUGUUUACAAUGACAAAAUAAUCUGUUCACUGCAUAACUUCAAGUUAAAUUUGGACAAAGAUUGGUGAGCUUAAGCAAGAGACUUUUUGUGAACACGGACGUCAGAUUGCCGAGGGAUGAAUGAUCAGUCAACUGACAUCAAUUAUUAAUUUUUUAGAUGAGAUCUUUGAAAGUGAUGAUACUCCAAGUAACUUACUUCAGGAAAUCGUCCGUGGCGAGGCUGAGAGUAAGUGCUUAUACUUAUUUAUACACUUAAAAUGUUGCUACUUUAUCACUGAUAAACAUAUUUCGAAGGUUUAUUUUUAUUUGAUUGUAACGGUUGUGAGUUGUCCCAAGUGCUCACAAGUGCAGUCAAGUACGAAAACUGACUUGCAUACAGUACAAGAAAGACGAAAUACAUUCAUACUGUUACUGCGACAUUUGAGACUGAUGGGAGAUCAGGCAUGAUUUGAGAUGUUGUACUGUGUAUCUAAUCUAAGUAAGGCCAACAAAGAUUGUCAUAUACUGCAUUUAUAUCCAUGAUCCAAAUUACCUACAGCAGGCGGGUCGGGACACUUGCCAAGAUCCCUCUCAUAAUAAUUAUAAACUCUAUCGUGUCCAUAUAUGAUCUCGUUUCAAUUCUGGGAUCCCAUACAAACGAUUUAUCAUGGUAAGGCCAAUGAACUUUCCUUCCGAGUACGUGUAAAUGCUUUUUUCUGCAAGACAUAUGACGUCAAAUACUUAAAUGUCUUUAUUCCCGCAUUGCUUUUCUCGCCUGAGGCGAGAUGAAAAUGUCCGGUUCUACUCUGCAGGCAGAAUCAUAUAAACAGGUUCUUACACUCUAAAACUUCAGCAUAAGUUCACGUUUGGUUUACAGGUAUUUCUUGCGGAGGAGUUCUAACUUUAAAAUUUUUUUCUAGGUGACAUUCGACGAAGCAAGGCUCCAGAGAAAUUUCAGACUGAACAUCCUGAUAAGAUCUUGCCAUUGGUCGAUGUUAAGGCCGGAAAACUCCCAUUGGUCAAGGGCGACUCUGGUGUUCAGCUGACUGCCUCAACAAAUGUUGCUUCCACUUCGGUGAAUGUAAUUUUCUUUUUUUUCAACGUAGUACCACUAUUCUUUCUAGAUCUGAAAAAAACCCAACAUUGAUGAACAUUUAGCGAAAGAUUGGGGGUGCAAAUUUAGUUACCAAUCCAAGCCUAUUUGCUCUAAUUUUACACUGUUAAUUUCAGGGAGUUAAUUUGACUCCAGUGGAAGUUUGAAUCCAAUUUUACUACACGUUUGGAAUUAAAUUUGGUUGAAAAUGACUCUACAUAUAAUUCAGUUACUUACCAUCUUAUUUCAAUUACGAUUGCCUUUAGAGCCAUCCAGGGAUCGAAGUGUAGAUCAAAGUUAUGAUAACAUCACUAAAUACAGAAUUUAAAUUUUUCUCUUUUGACAGGCUCUUUUCGCUACUGAACUUCAAUCCACACCAGAGGCUCAUGUAGACGAAGUUUACAAAGCAGCAUGUAAGUAAAUCGUCUUUUAGAUGUUUUAGAUGUUUUAAGUCAAUUUAGGUAUUAAAGAGCAUAUAAUAGUAAUAAUUUUGGUACCACCAGGGCCUAUUGAGCAGGGCCGCCGAGAGGUUGGCGGGGGCCCGGGGGCAAACUUUUUUUUAGGGACCCCUAUCUAAAAAAUUUUUCCCGAAAAAAAUUUUUCCGGAGAACAACCUCCCCCCCACCCCCCCGUCGCCAAAAAAUUUUCGGUCAGUGUACCAUUUUAGGGGUAAAAAAUUUUUCCGGACAAGUACGUUGCAAUUACUUUCCAGGGACUUUAUCUCAUUUUUUUAUGCCAAAUUUCGGUACUUAUCCCAAAAAAACAGGUAUCUUGUCCUUUGCCCGAAAAUAUUUAACACACAAAAAAGACUGGGGCCCAACAAAAAUUUUUCAGGGGCCCCCAGCACCUCGGGGUCCGGGGCAAUCCCCCCCCCCCUCUCGGCGGCCCUGCUAUUGAGGCAAACAUUUUGUACGGCCCUUCAUGUGACAUAUCACGCAUAUGUAAUUAAUACUAGAGGUGGCUGCUCACAUAUUUUGCCAAUUUUCGCCAAAAGGUUACACGAACUAUUUUAAAAUUUCCAAACAAACUAUUUUUCUAAACGAAUUUGUAUUCAUUGGCAAUGUCCUUGUUAUUGAAUAUUGCUUAUUUGUCCCUGUAAUACAGCUGAAAUAAAGUGCGACACCGUAUCUCAGAUCAUCAACUCGGAGAAAGCACUGUCAUUGGUUCAUGAGAAUGCCGGGGACAUUCCAGUCACAAAAAGCACUCCACUUCCUGUUGUGAAGAAUGUUGACGAGUGGAAAGAUCAUAUUACGUCUUCAGAUGGUGCUACAUCAUAUGUAAGUAUUUUUGUCAUUGAAAGUUGUCGACCUUUUAGUAAGCCUCACAAAUAAUGUCUUGUAUUUUCAGAACCUUCUUGAUGAACCUUCGACAUCACAACAAGGUACCAAAAUUUAA